AUGACUGCCAGCGAAAUUACGGACCGACUGGAACUCUAUAACGACAUUCGAUACGCUAGGGCAACCAAGAUCCAGUCGUUUUCCAGACUAGUCGGCAAAGAUCUCAAGCUUGGUGACGCAAAACCCAAUAUGUGGGAAUUUCAAAACUACAACUUCGGGCAUGACGAAUGGCACAAUUCAACACAAAGAUUUCGAGAAUGGACAUGGAAACGUAACCAAAGCGCUUACUAG